AUGCUUGCAAUGAGGCCCGGUAUAGCACGCGCAGAAAGUAGCGCCUUCCCGGCCUGCAGCUUCUGGGGCUUGGCAGACACCAGCCACGGAAGCAGGACCGCGUCUCGCACCUUCCCUACGGUCGACGGAUACCCUGCAAGGCAUUGGCUUCUACAAGCACCAAAAUAUAUCUCAUCUCGCAACGCAACAAGAUGCAGCGCUGAGAUCACCGUUGCUCAGCUCACAGAGCUUAUUGAUCAAUCAUCAGCUAACGCCCCAGCACUAACGAGUUUCUCUCACGCAACAGGCUUGACCAACAAUCAGAUUGCAUGGGAUCACAUCAGCAGUAAAGAGCUCUAUUCACUGAUCCUCCGGGCAGGACCGCCUUACAACUACUCUUACGAGACUGACGAGGACCAGGAGCAUGUCGAUAUCGGCAGUUACAUCGACGCAGCGCUUGAGAUGCGUCAGCAGGAUCGGCAAGAUGGCGACUCUUUGGCACUCGAGCAACUUCCUAUCUUCGGCAUCACGAAAGAGUCCCUUUUCGCGAUUCGCUACACAGUCAAUGGGGAGGUGUGUCUUUCUCUGCUCCGACCCCCUCGCCGCGUGCAGCUACGACUGCAGGAUGUUGAGCAGUGCAAACAAAUCGUCCAGGUCUUGGAGCAUCGAGGAUUGAUGUAUCAAGAACAGCGACCCCGGACUGCACGACCAGCAACGGCAACAAGUAGACCAGGCAUAGAACAUUCAGAGGACCGACCAUCAUCAGCCCAGGCGAGCUCUCCACAUUUCGAGCCGCCACAGCCCCAAAAGGCGUAUCAACGACCACGAGAAGCCUUCACUUUCGUUCCGCGCAAGUCUUCGAUCGAUGCGCGACUUGUUAUGCACAGCCAUAAUGCCUUGCGACCGACGAGGCCAUAUCAACUGCCUCAGGCUCCUCUGUUUCCGCGAGAAGAGGCUUCUGCACCCCGAGAACCCAAGAUCUCUGGUCCAACAACUGCUGAGAUUUACGGCACUAGACCGGAGCCGUACAAAGCAUCUGGGCCCCAAACGUUUCAGCGCACGACUGUUCCUGAUGCUCUCGGUGCAAAUGGGCGGCCACAACCAUUUGCCGCCACUCACUUACAAGAGGAGCCACCAAGGACUCUCGAACAGCAUGCAGCUCCCUCCAGUUCCGACCCUGGGUUGCCUCGAAGUGCAGACCUGCCUCACUUGCAGCACAUGUCAUCUACCGAGAAUCACAUGCCAGCACCAUGGUCGUCUGAUCUUCCUGAUUCUCGUCCAGUCACUGCGUUGUCAACAUCUUCAGUAGCGGACCUCUUGGAACAGCAGAUUCCGCCUCGACGAGAACUGCCGUUCAAACGUCCGUCAAGCAGCAGCAAAAGCGAUGCUAGCUCACGACCAGGGAGCUCAGCGCUAUCAUUGCCACUUUUGAAACGAGCGAGAGCCGACAAAACCAACCCUCAGUCGUCUACAAGGCCACACACUGCGCUGAAGAAAGCCGACAAACCAGCCACCAGUCAAAGCAUUCGUCCUGCCACAACUUCAUCGUCGUCAAUGACAGCACAAGGUGUGAGAGGCGCCUCUGGGCGUGCUGACCGAGAGUCUCGUCCUCUGAGCCCAGAAGUGUCGACCCAACCAAGUGUCUCAAGGGCCAUUCCAGUGGAUGAACUGCUCUACGGUCAGCGCACUCUCUCGAUGCGAAAGGAUCAUAUGAAUAUGCCACGCAUCGGAAGCAUCACGGAUGCACCUCAUGAGAUCGAAUCACCGCCUGGCAGUGCCGUCUCGCGCAUUCAGGACACUGCGCCAGGCCAGAUCACAUCAGCCAGCACGUUGGCCGAUCCUAGAGAUCAGAGCUUGAACCGCGCAUACGCUGCUGCGAAUGUCUCAGCGAAUCGGACUCACGAAGCAUCUUUGGAACAGUACGAGGCUCAGAACCUCGAAGAUCGCAAAGCCGCUCUAGACAAAUUCAUGAUGGACAAUCUUGAGAAUCCGGCCUUCACUACGCUUUGUGAAGAUGUCGAGAACUGCUGGAGAAGGAUCGCCCUCGGCCUCUGA